UUAUUGGUUGCUCCACUCUCUCCCUCCAUCCCUCUCUCUCUCCCUCUCCCUCUCCCUCUCCCUCUCCUGCUUUUGCUUUUUGUGGUGUCACUCUGCGAAAAUUUCUAAGCUUUCCCUUCGUCUAAUCAAAACCCUAGACUUGUUUUUCUGCUUCGGAUAUUUCUAACCCAUUGUCUGUUUGGGAUCCAAGUGUGGUGUUCGGUUCUCGAGUACUGUGCUCUGUGUUUAACUGAAAGCUUCGGUGGUUUUUGAAUUUUGCAGCGUGUUUCUUGUCGUUGAGCUGAAGAAAUCGCUAUGAGCUGCUGAUGGGAAUGUAGAGAAAUUUUUUUGACGGCUUUAGUGAGCUUGGUGCAGCUGAGUUUUAGUUGUUAUUUGGUGUUUCUUUUUUUUGAUGAACUGAGAAGAAUUGAAGCUUGCCUUGUCUCAAUCGAAUUCAGCUGGUGAGCAUAAUAAGAAAACAAUGGCCUCUUGCCACGUUUGACCAACCUGCCAUUUUGAUAGAAUUCUGCUCGAUUUAACGCUAAUGGAGGGUUCCGUAGACCAACCUGUGGAAGCAAAACUAGAAGAUUCCACGUCUCAGUCAGGUCCAGUUCCCAUACCGAGUGAAGAUAUAGUUGUGAAGUGUCCCAAUUCGCAAAAAGUUCCUGCCGUCAUUUCUUCAGGAAGUGCAAAAAGAAGUAUAAAAUCUGGGAAGCCUUCUGCUGCAGAUUCAACGAAGGCUAGCUCACUUAGAAGGAGCAUUGAAUCUAAAGCAGCUUUAGUUUCCUCUUCUGAUCUCACUAAAUCAACUGCAAGUGUGUCUUCUCAAGUUUCAAAUUCAGUUCCAGUGACGCGAAGAAAAAGUACUGGAGGGUUGCCGGAGAACUCUUCUGCAUCUUCCUCAAGAAAGCCAAACAAUGUCAGCAAGGCUGCAGCCGUAAGGACUCCAGCAUCUGAACCAACAAGGCGUUCUCUCCCAGAACUUAAAAGAAGCUCAUUGUCUUCAGUUGUUUCCAAGAAUUCACCUCGAAGUAGCGUACCUGAGACUAGAAAAUCUGCCCCAUUUUCAUCAGCAGGCAGGAGUUUGAAAUCCUUGAACCCAUCUGAUACACUUGGAAAAGAAACCGGUAAAGAUGGUCCUAAGAAGUCUACAAUUAAGUCAACACCAUCAAUCUCCUCAUCUUCUUUAAUCUCAAGAAGGCUCACCUCCACUUCCCUGGACAGCAGCGCCAGUAGUAGCACUGUAGCUAGAAAGACAGUCUCAAAGGUUUCCUCUCCAUCAGCUCGAUCCCCUGCAGUUUUAAGUGGAUCAAGAUCUGCAUCUUCAUCCACCACACCCCUUGAAAAGAAUUCUAGAUUAUCGGGACAAAGAAAGGCCAGUAGAACCCCUGAAAGCAGAGAUUCUCGUUUUGUUGUUCUUCCUCAGGUGGAAAUAAAACCGGGUGAUGAUUUGAGGUUGGAUCUGAGGGGCCAUAGAGUCCGCAGUCUCAAUGCUAGUGGGUUGAAUUUGUUGCCUAAUUUAGAGUUCGUUUAUCUGAGGGACAACCUCUUGUCAACCUUGGAAGGAGUAGAGAUACUAAAGAGAGUCAAGGUUCUCGACUUGAGUUUCAAUGAUUUUAAAGGACCUGGAUUUGAGCCUCUGGAUAAUUGCAAAGCUCUUCAGCAACUUUAUCUGGCUGGUAAUCAAAUAACCUCAUUAGCGAGUCUUCCACAGCUACCAAAUUUGGAGUUUCUCUCCGUUGCCCAAAAUAAGUUGAAGUCACUUUCAAUGGCAAGUCAGCCUCGACUUCAGGUACUAGCUGCCAGCAAAAACAGAAUUUCGACUCUCAAGGGUUUUCCACAUUUACCUGCACUGGAGCAUUUGCGUGUAGAGGAGAAUCCCAUACUUAAAAUCACACAUCUGGAAGCAGCUUCCAUCUUGUUGGUUGGACCUACUUUAAAAAAAUUUAAUGAUAGAGAUCUUUCUCGAGAGGAGGUUGUAUUGGCUAAGCGAUAUCCUGCACAUACCGGCCUAUGCAUUAGAGAUGGUUGGGAGUUUUGCCGUCCAGAUCUUGCAGCAGAUUCAACUUUUCGCUUUCUUCUUGAGAAAUGGAAAGAUCAUUUUCCCCCUGGGUACUUGCUGAAGGAAGCUUCUGUUGAUCGACCAUUUGAAGAAGAUACUUGUCGCUGUCAUUUCUCGUUUGACCCAGAAGAAAACUCAAGUAACCAAGAAUUAGUGUUAACAUAUCAAUGGUUUAUUGGGGAGAGAGUAGCUACGAAUUUUAUUGCUAUACCAGAUGCUACAGCUGAGGUUUAUUGGCCAAAGCAUGAAGAUAUUGGUAAAGUGUUAAAAGUAGAGUGCACUCCCAUCCUUGGAGAUACGGAGUAUAAUUUCAUUUUUGCUGUAUCGUCUCCAGUUGCUCCAGGAAGCAAAAUUCCGAAGGUUGUAAACCUUGAAGUGCAUGGGGAGCUUGUGGAGGGUAAUAUUAUCAAAGGCUCAGCUGUCGUGGCAUGGUGUGGAGGAUCUCCUGGGAAAAGUGUUGCUAGUUGGUUAAGGAGAAAAUGGAACAGUCCCCCUGUUGUUAUUGUUGGAGCAGAAGACGAGGAAUAUUGCUUGACAGUAGAUGAUAUUGAUUCAAGUUUGGUUUUCAUGUACACACCCGUUACAGUAGAAGGUGCCAAAGGCGAACCUCAAUACAAGUACACUGAUUUCAUCAAAGCUGCUCCCCCAUCAGUCAGUAACGUUCGAAUAGUAGGAGAUGUUGUUGAAGGAACUACUAUCAAGGGAGUUGGUGAUUACUUUGGAGGAAGAGAAGGUCCAAGCAAGUUUGAAUGGUUGUAUGAGAACCGGAACACUGGCGAAUUUGUUUUGGUGUCUUCUGGUACAUGUGAAUAUACCUUGAACAAAGAAGAUGUUGGGCGGCAAUUAACCUUUGCAUACGUGCCUGUCAAUUUGGAGGGGCAAGAAGGUGAAUCUAUGUCAAUGACAUCUAAUGUAGUUAAACCAGCUCCUCCAAAGGUCACAAACGUGAAGAUAGUUGGAGAUAUAAGAGAGAACGGUAAGAUUACUGUAACUGGUACUGUUACCGGAGGAAGUGAAGGCUCUAGUCGAGUACAAUGGUUUAAAACAAGUUCUUCACUAUUGGAAAGUUUUGAGGGUCUUGAGGCAUUGAGCACAUCCAAGAUUGCUAAGGCAUUUCGCAUACCUCUUGGCGCUGUUGGCUUCUAUAUUGUAGCAAAAUUCACUCCAAUGACUCCAGAUGGUGAAUCUGGGGAACCAAGUUAUGCAAUAUCAGAUGGUCCAGUUGAUACUCUUCCUCCGAGCUUAAACUUCUUGUCCAUUACUGGUGAUUACACUGAAGGCGGGAUAUUAACGGCAUCAUAUGGUUAUGUUGGGGGUCAUGAGGGAAAAAGUAUUUACAGAUGGUAUCUUCAUGAGAUUGAAAAUGACACUGGCACUCUAAUACAUGAGGUUUCUGGACAUCUACAGUAUCGUCUUACCAAGGACAUAAUUGGAAAAUUUAUUUCAUUUCAAUGUACACCUGUCCGUGAUGAUGGGAUAGUGGGUGAGCCGAGAAUUUGCAUGGCACAAGAGCGAAUUCGUCCUGGUAGCCCGAGAUUGCUCUCUCUGCAGAUUGUUGGAAGUGUUGUUGAAGGAACGGUUCUUAGUGUUGACAAAAGUUACUGGGGUGGUGAUGAGGGCGAAUCAGUUUUUCGGUGGUUUCGAACUAGCAGUGACGGGACUCAGAAGGAAGUUAGGGGUGCAACUUCUGCUACGUACAUGCUAUCAGUUGAUGACAUUGGCUAUUUAAUUUCUGUUUCUUGUGAGCCUGUAAGAAACGACUGGGCUCGUGGUCCUAUUGUUACUUCUGAACAAAUUGGACCUAUAGUGCCAGGUCCUCCCAUUUGCCAGUCUUUGGAAAUUGAUGGAUUACUGGUAGAGGGCCAGCGUUUGAGCUUUAAUGCAGCUUAUAGUGGGGGGGCGAGAGGAGACUGCCAUCAUGAAUGGUUUAGGGUUAAUAAUGAUGGAAUGAAGGAGAAACUCGGGAAAGAUGAGUUUCUGGAUUUAACUUUGGAUGAUGUUGGAAGCCGUAUUGAACUUGUUUACACUCCGAUACGAGAUGAUGGAAUGAAAGGAAACCCAAGAAGCAUAACAUCCGAUGCAAUUGCCCCAGGGGAACCAAUGGGACUAAAACUCGAGAUACCAGAUUGCUGUGAGGGCCAGGAGGUAGUUCCAAUCAAGUUGUAUUUCGGUGGGCAUGAAGGUGCUGGACAAUAUGUCUGGUACAGGACGACACAUAAGCUGGAAGAAUCUGAACUACGGGACUUGUCGAAUUCUUGUGAAGAUGUCUCCAUAUGUGAUAGAACGCUAACGUAUGCUCCAUCUCUUGAUGACGUGGGGACAUAUUUGUCCUUGUAUUGGCUUCCCGAAUGUGUUGAUGGCAAAUGUGGAAAGCCAUUAGUUGCAAUUUCAAGUUCACCUGUAACCCCAGCCUUACCAGUGGUUUCUGGGGUUUGUGUCAAAGAAUUGUCUUUUGGUAUUUAUUCUGGGGAAGGCAAAUAUUUUGGUGGUCAUGAGGGAUCAAGCCUUUUUAGUUGGUAUCAGGAGACAAAUGAUGGCACAAUCAUUCUCAUUAAAGGGGCCACCUCUAGGGCCUAUGAAGUCACUGAAGCUGAUUAUAAUUGCCGUCUGUUAUUUGGAUACACACCAGUUCGUUCAGAUUCUGUUGUUGGAGAACUCGUGCUGUCUGAUCCAACAGACAUUAUUCUCCCUGAGCUUCCUAAAGUGGAAAUGCUUGCUCUCACUGGAAAGGCAAUUGAAGGUGAAGUCCUCACUGCAGUCGAAGUGAUCCCGAAGAGUGACCAUCAGCAAUGUGUCUGGAAUAAGUACAUAAAAGAAGUGAUAUACCAAUGGUUCAUUUCAGCUGAAGCAGGAGAUACCAAGUCUUUUGAGCUUUUACCUACACAGCGUUCUUGUUCUUACAAAGUCCGUCUUGAGGACAUUGGUCAUUGUUUGAGAUGUGAGUGCAUUGUGAUUGAUUCGUUCGGAAGAUCAACUGAGCCGACCUGUGCUGAGACUUCACCAGUGUUGCCAGGAGUUCCUAAGAUCGAUAAGCUGGAGAUAGAGGGCAGAGGUUUUCAUACCAAUUUAUAUGCUGUUCGUGGCGUUUACAGUGGAGGAAAAGAAGGAAAGAGUAGAAUUCAGUGGCUUAGGUCCAUGGUUGGGAGCCCUGAUCUUAUCUCCAUACCAGGAGAGACGGGCAGGAUGUAUGAAGCUAAUGUUGAUGACGUGGGCUAUAGGUUGGUUGCCAUUUAUACUCCUGUGAGAGAGGACGGUAUUGAGGGUGAACCUGUCUCAGCGUCUACCGAGUCAAUUGCUGUUGAGCCUGAUGUUGUUAAGGAAGUGAAGCAAAAGCUUGAUCUUGGUUCUGUAAAGUUCGAGGUAUUGUACGACAAGGAUCGUGCUCAGAAGAAGAUUUCUAUAGUUGGAAGCUUCGAGAGAAGAAUUCUGGAAAUCAACAAAAAAAGAGUGAAGGUUGUAAAGCCAGGUUCAAAGACAUCUUUUCCGACCACUGAAAUUCGUGGAACUUAUGCACCUCCAUUUCAUGUUGAACUUUUUAGAAGUGGUCAACAUCGGCUUAGAAUCGUAGUCGACAGUGAAAAUGAGGUUGACUUGAUAGUGCAUUCCAGACACCUCCGAGAUGUUAUCGUCCUAGUGAUCAGAGGCUUUGCUCAAAGAUUCAACAGUACAUCUCUUAACACUCUCCUCAAAAUAGAUGCAUGAAAUACUGCGUUGCUGUACUAAAAAGGCCAGAAACAAAGAAGAAAAUAUAGCCAAUUCUUAUCAAACUGAGUGAUUCAUCUUAAUGUUUUCUUCCACAAUUUAAUUAGUUCAUAACAUAUAAAGCUUCAUUAUGCUCAUUGUUUAGAGCAGUGGUCACUGGGUUGGUUGUCCAGAUUCAAAUGUAUAUCAUUUGGGUCCUCUUGUAUAUCUCAAGAUGUCUGUUGUAUUCUUCCCUCCUGCCUCUCUUGUAUAUCUUAAGAUGUCUGGACUCUUUAUUCAAUUCAAGACAACAAUUAUUUUUGGAUUAA